GUCCCACCUCGGUGGUCGCGAGUUUGAUUCUCGGCCAUUCCAUUGAGGAGUGAGAGAUGUGUUACGUGUAUUUCUGGACUCUGGUGAUAGAAGUUCACUUUCGACGUGGUUCGGAAGUCACGUAAAGCCGUUGGUCCCGUUGCUGAAUAACCACUGGUUCCAUUCCAUGCAACGGAAAAACACCAUACAAACAAACACGCGAGAGUUGAACAGUUGCUGUACAGUAGCAGCUGCCAUCUAGGGGCAAGACAUUCAAAACUGAAAAUUAAUAAUAAAAACAGCUGUGUACUACUGUACUGCUACUUUGAACUGUGAAUGUUUGCCUGUGAAUUUCAUUCCCGGUAUAGCUUAAAGGGGAAGUGUUUGUGAUUUUUCAUUGUUUUAGUAAUCAUAGACAGACAUGCACACGUAUAUUAGUUAUAAAAAUGACGAUUUUCCUGUGUUUUAUGUGUGCUUUGAACCCCCACCCCCAAUGCGAUGGACCACUGUGGGAAAUCGGCGAUUUUGGUUGUGGGGGAAAACAACAAUCUAGUCAAAUAUCCUAAAUACCUCCUGAAGGACCUACAAAAUCCUACUAUUUCAUUCAGUUGAGGAAAUUCUACGGCAUCGUCUAACGCUCUCUCAGUCGAGAUGUUGGGUGAGGUCUUCAUUUCUCUGAUGUUGCUGCUGAAUGGGAUUGUGGCAAGUCCAGAGAAUGAUUCGAGGACCAACGAUUAUAUUAGAGAAGAAGAAGGGCGAUACAUCUACAUCAAUCCAGAUGCGUCAUUUACUCUUGGUGCCCUUCUCAAUAUGCCGUUAGCCCUAGCCCUGCCGUCCUUGAAGUUUCGCACGUACGUUGGCUACCUCCCGACAGAUUCAGUGGAUUCGACUUCCUCUUAUGUGAGGCCAUUUUCGAGAUCCUUACAUCUGGGAGAUGCCGAACAAGAAGAGGAAAGGAGGUCGGAUCUCUUCUUAUACGACGAUCCUUAUUACUCUACCCAGACUGCCAAACUGAGGGCGUACUUCUCAUAUAUGCAGAUAGAAGAAGAAGAGUGCAGAGAGAAAAUCCUUUGCCAACUGGCUAGUGAUCCUGACACCUACUAUCCCAUGUCAGACAUUUUUCUCCGACAACUUUUUCCCCACCAUGGACCGGUAAAGGAGGACCCUAACAAUAGAUUUUGGAGAUAUCUUUCUGCUUCUAAAUUGGGCUUCUUGUCUGAUCUUAGAGACUGCAGGAAACUGUAUAGGAAGUGCCCCUUGGAACUGAAAGAGAUCGUCAAUAUCGUUGUGCUGAGAGUAUGGCAGGCUGUCAGCAAAGUAAUCAGCAUCAAGUUCGUUGACUAGGAGGUUCAGUA